GAAAGCAGAGUAGUUAGAGUAAGAACAAAAUGGAAAACGUUUAGGGAACUAUUAUUUCUGUGAGCAACCAAGAGAUUGCCUCCAAGCGAAGGGUAGAUUGUAUGAUGCCUGUGGAUGAAUUGCACGGUUGCAUAGUAGAAAAUAUGGGUAUUGAAUGCAGAGGAUAUGAAAAGGCUGGAAAUCAAGGAAGUGGGAUUGCUUUGCUGGAUGUGAAUUGUUAGUAUGAGUGAACAAUGGAAUACAAAUGAGCCGAGAGGAAAAAUUGGUGAAAAAGAAAUAAGACAUAUUUCCCUGAUUGUUGGUGUUUGGUCGGUUGAAUCGAGAUAUGUUGCUAUCAGCAUGUAUUCUCAUGCUGUUGCUCUGCAGUUGCUUAUGUAGCAAUCUCACUUUCUAUGUAGCUGAAGAGCAAGAUGCAGGAACACUUGUGGGAGACAUAGCAGCUAAUCUGAAUCUAAAUUAUGAUAAACAAACUGCAGACACUAGUUUAGUAUCUUUUAACCUAAUUGGUAUUGUCGAUUUGUUUAAUGUCACAAAAACUGGCAAGCUGUACACUACACAGAAAUUAGAUGCUGAAUCUCUGUGUGCUUAUGAUACUCAGUGUUUCAAAAUGUUACGGGUUAUUUUCAGAGAAAAUAAGAAAAAUGAAAACUUUUUAAAGAUAAAAAUUGUGAUACAAGAUGUCAAUGAUCACUCACCUGUGUUUCCCAAAGCAGAAAUUUAUCUUCGGUUUUUAGAAACAGAUGGUGAAGGAACAAAAAAAUUUCUGCUAAAUGCAAUAGACAAAGAUGUUGGAGAAGCAAACUCACAGAUUUCAUAUCAAAUAGUUAAUGACUACAAAGGAACAUUUGACUUAGUGACUUCUAAAAGAGUUGAUGGUACAGAUAAUCUAGAGAUUGUCUUAAGAGAAAUGUUGGACAGGGAAGUACAAGAAACAUAUAAAUUACAGAUCAUUGCAACAGAUAAUGGUGUUCCACCCAGAAAGGGGAAAAUGGAUGUUCAGAUCUCUGUGAUUGAUGCAAAUGAUAAUCCUCCCAUUUUCUCUCAGAAUAUUUACAAUGUUUUCAUAAAUAGUAGCCAUCGAAUAGAUAAACCAGUGUUUGUCCUGUCUGCUCAUGAUUUGGAUUAUGGCAAUAAUAGUAAAGUUUCAUACAAAUUUGGAUCAAAAACAUCUGAAGCAGCUAAACAUAAUUUUAGGUUAAAUGAAAUAACUGGUGAAAUAUAUCAUAAAGGUAAAUUUUCAUUAGGAGAAAAUCAAAAUUAUAAAUUGUUUGUUGAAGCUAGAGACGGGGGAAAACCGUUUCUUAGUUCCAUUACCUUAGUUCGUAUCAACAUCGUCAGUCAACAUAACAACCCACCAGUCAUUGAGAUCAGUUUUGUUUCAAGAAUAACAGAGGAGACAACUGUCAUUUCAGAAGACAUCAAAGUUGGCAAUUUUAUAGCUUUUGUAAAAGUGACAGAUGAUGACACUGGAGAAAAUGGAGAAGUAGAGUGUCAACUGAAUCAUCCUAAAUUCCAGCUUCAAACCUUGGGAAGCAAAGAAUAUAAAAUAACUGUGAAAGAAGCAGUUGACAGAGAAACAAAAAGUGAUUUUAGUGUAACAAUGACAUGUGAAGAUAAUGGUUCACCAGCAUUACGAAGUAUCAAAAAAUUCUCAGUCAAAGUGACAGAUGUUAAUGAUGUACAGCCUAAGUUUGUAAAGGAUUCAUUCAGAUUUCUGAUUAAGGAAAAUGAAAGCCCAAAUUUCCCUGUUGGCUAUAUGGAAGCUACAGAUCCUGAUGAAGGAGAGGGAGGAAAAUUAUCUUAUUUAAUUUUGAACAAUCAUCAGCAUUUGUUUCCUUUCAAAAUUUCCAAUGGUGGUUUUAUUUCAACAACUAGAUCGUUAGACAGAGAAAUCAAAGACUCUUAUCAGUUCCAAGUUUUAGUGAAAGACAAUGGAACAUUAUCAUUGAAUAACACUGCAAAUGUUACUGUUGAAAUCAUGGAUGUGAAUGAUAAUGCCCCUUAUUUCACUUCUCCUGAUGUUGAAUCAGUCACCCUUAAUGUACAUUAUCUACCACAAAGUAACAACGAGAUUACAGUUUUCAAAGCCUCUGACAAAGACACGCCGAGAAAUGCUUUUCUGAAAUAUGGAAUAUACCAAGGCAAUGACAAGAAAUUAUUUGCACUCAACUCUCGUACAGGUGUGUUGUCUUUUGCUCGCAUGGUUUAUCAGAAUGAUGCUGGGGAAUAUGAACUUGUAGUUAUAGUUGAAGACAGUGGUAUUCCAGUUCUAUCAGCAACUGCUUCAGCUACCUUAAGGCUGACUGUUAGUAAUGAUGCCCCAAAGAUCCAGGCAACUGCAAAGUCUUCGGACAAAGACUGGAUAGAUAUGAACUGGGUGAUAAUCAUUGUUGCAGGGGUUGUGAUUGUAUCUGUGGCUAUUGUGAUAUCAGUUACUGUAUGUAUUAUAAAGUACUGUAAAUCUAAAAACAGACUCUCUGCUGAAAGGAACACAUCCUCAAACCAUUCUCAAAGAGAAAUGAGUCAACUAAUUUCAGACAAUUAUCAUCCUGCUACUAUGGUAAGAAAUUUACCUAGAAUGCAUAAUACAAAUGAUUCUUUUAUUGACCCAAGAACUGAGUUUUUUCAUGGAGUUCCAUCUCAAACUUGGAGGGAGUGUAAAUCCCCUUCCUCACGACAAAGAGGACCAAUACCAACACCGGCCUUCAUUCCACAAGUUGAAGUCAUACGAGAAGAAAAGGGAGUUGAAGAGAGUCAAAAUAUAACCACACCAUCAACAUUGAAAAGAGACCAUCGAUUUAGAGGGAACACAAUCAACAGACAUUAUGAAGAAAUACCAGAUUUGCCCACCUAACUAGGAAAUACUUAUUUUUGAAAAAGUAAGAACAUGAAACAAUGUACAAACUGAUAUUUUUCAUAACUAUAUGUAAGACAGUUAUUAUUAUUAUUUUUUUUUUUUGAAUUUCUAAAAGAAAUUUAAUUCUCAAAAGGAAAUACAUUACAUAUUUCAUACUUUAAUAAUAAAAAAAAAAAAAUCUCUUGUUCUGAAAACAAAACAAAAAACAAAACAAAAAAAAAAUAAUAAAAACAAAAAAAUCAUAAAGAAAAAUAGAAGAUGGAGUGGAAGUGAGGGUAUAUUUGAAUUGUUUUUUUUUUGAGAUGACAUAACUGCACAAUUUUAAACAAUGACUUGACGCUAUAAUAUUGAAAACCAUGUUGAUAUGUUGUUAUAUACAUAUUAUUUCAUACAUCAUUGAAACUUAACAAACUCAUCUGUUUUUUGUUUUUUUUUCGUUUUUGUUUUUGGUUUAUUGUCCUUAACUUGCCAAACACAUGUUAUAAAAGAAUUUAUUAUUCAUUUUCAUGGACAUCAAAGAAAAAUAUGUGAGAAAUACUUUGACUAAUAAAUGCAAAAGAAACAAAAUAAAUAUGGAAGAAAAAAUUUUUUAAAAAUGAAAGAAAUUAAAUGUGUUGGUCAUUGAUCCUUAGAAUUAACAAAACAACCUCAAUUAAACCCCUCAACUAAUAUAUCAUAAU